UAAAAGAAGUGGCUAUUUCUCAUUUCUCAACAGCCCAAGGGAACGAUGAAGUAGCAACCGAGAAGAAGAAAUUGAAAGGCAUUUUCAAAUUUCAACAACAACCAAUGAUCACUACUUGAGGAAAUAUUCAAGGAGCGAGGAAGAUUAGGCCAAAAUUCCCAUUUUUUGAAGACAUUAACCAGCGAAAAAUCCAAAUCCAAUUUGCAAGAAUUUCGGAUUCCUCUCUUCGCAAUUGUCACACGACUCUGCCUCCCUCGAUUAGCCCUAACUUCCAAUCUUUGGUCGCUGCUGUUGAAUCAAACGAGCUCUCCAACUGCCCAAAUCGUCAUCGCGGGUCGUCAAUCUUUAGUUUUUGGUAUCCUAUUUUAGGGAUUAACCAUUCUUCUUGUUCUUCACAUUCAACUUUGGAGAGGGAAUUGGAAUGCUAUUUAAAUUGUACUUUGGACAGCUGCUGUUGCCCCUAAAGUUUGGUAGAGCAAUCAAAUUUUCAUCCUUAGCCACUUCUUCCAGUUGGGUUCACGACAACCAAUUGUUCCAAAGACACCCUCGUUUACGAGUUCUAGAGGAAAAUUGCAGUGCAUUUCAUCAUUUCAAACAGGCUCUCUGUUACGUCAUUGUUUCUGGUCUGCAUCGGAACCCUUUUGUUAUGAGUCGCAUUCUUUAUUUGAGUUUGUUUGAAUUAGAAGGAGAUAUCAAGAGAAAAUCAGAGUUUGGAGUUCAGAUUUUUAAUCAAAUUGAGAGACCGAAUAUAUUUUCUUGGAAUACAAUGAUAAGAUUUUUUGCUAAUUGUGCUGAUUUUCAAAAUUCUGUUAUAGCUUUGGAUUAUUACACGAAAAUGGUUAGGCAAGAAGUGGUUCCUGAUAACUAUACAUUUCCAUUCUUGAUUCAGGCUUGUGGGGCUAUUUCGGAUUUGGAGUUGGUUAAACAGAUACAUAGUCAUGUUUUCAAACUCGAGCUUGGCAGCAACUUGUUUGUACAAAACUCUCUUGUUGGUGCUUAUUUAGUUUGUGGGUCAUCGGAUGAUACAUGGUUAUUGUUUGAUGAAAUGCUUGAGAAGGAUGUUGUUUCAUGGACAACUUUAAUAUCAAGGCUUGUUGAACAAUGUAAUUAUCGUGAAGCACUUCAGGUGUUCAGGGAGAUGAUAGCUGGGAAUUCCCAAACGCAACCAAAUGUCGCUACUAUGGUCUCUGUUGUGUCUUCUUCUGGUAAUCUAGGAUCCUUGGAUCAUACAAAGUGUUUUCAUGCCUUGUUAGAAAAGGCUGGAUGGAUUGAAUUAGAUGUCGCCAUUGCUAAUUCACUUAUAAAUGCUUAUGCAAAAAGUGGAAGUAUGAAAUGUUCAGCAAAAGUGUUUAACGAAUUGCAUGAUUCAAAGAGGGAUGUGUAUUCGUGGACUGCGGUUAUCUCAGGAUAUGCAAUGCACGGAGGAGUUAAUGCUCUAAAUCUGUUUUCUCGAAUGAAGUUAGUGUAUGGAGUAAUUCCUGAUGCUAUAACUUUCAUUGCGAUUCUUUCAGCUUGUGCACAUUCAGGACAGGUUGAAGAAGGUUUACGCAUUUUUGAGUGUAUGAAUACAAAAUACAAGAUUGAGCCUAAUCUUAAGCACUAUGGUUGUAUUGUUGACCUCCUAGGUAGAGCUGGCAUGCUCAAUGAAGCUUAUAGUGUAGUCCAAAAGAUGCCAUGGGAGCCAAAUCUGGCCAUAUUGGGAUCUUUACUUAAUGCUUGCAGACUUCACAAUAAUGUCGAAUUGGGGGAAACCAUCCUAAAAAAGAUCAUGUUGGUCUCUGAGAGAAGUGGAGCCCCUGUGCUUGUAUCGAAUAUGUAUGCAAACGAGAAUCAAUGGAGCAAAGUUAGUCGCAUUCGGUUGAAAAUGAGAGGAGUAAUGCAAGAAAAGCCCCCAGGUAAAAGUUGGAUUCAGGUUAAAGAUGCAGUUCAUGAGUUUGUAGUUGGAGUUAAAUCUCAUCCCCAAUCCUUGGAGCUAGAUAUGGUUUUACAGGGACUGGAAAGCCUUACUAAAAUGUGAUUUUGUACAAAGAAAAUCCACAAUCAAAAUCCUAUUAUUUGGUGAAGGCUCUACAUUAUCGCAUUCUUAAAUAGUUCUUUCACACUGUUUUUGUAAGUUCAACUUGUAGCGUAUCAAGAUUUUGUUCACACCUAUACCCCAUCAAAUGAUUAUUCAAACUAUUUGAUAAUGAGAAUGUAUAUAAUUCAUUGUUAUAUUUUUUUUU